GUUGCUAACUCGUUUUAUUCAUAACCUAUGUCGAGCGCGAUAUGUGUGCAGUACGAUUUGCCGCUACUGGUCAUGUCAAGAUAGUUGUCUAUAAAGUUAAAUGAACCAUAAACAACAAAUUGUACGCCUCGGAUGUCGUGUGAGACGAUACGCCUGUCUUUGAUUCGGCAGAAUUUAAUAUCGAGUAAGCAUCAACCGAAGUUAAAUCUUUAAUAGUAUUUGCAAAAGACUAUUUCGAGACAGUGGACAAAAUACUGUGGUUGCGAUUCAUUUUACUGAUACCUACGUUACUUGCCUAAUUUCAAGCACUAUACUGAACUAAAGUAACAAAAUCCUUACAAGCAUAUAUAUUGAAUGGACAAUAACAUAAUUUAUUUAAAGAAUAUAUGGGUCAUAUACCUCAUAAUCUAAUAUCCAACAAUGAUAUUUGACUUCUUGAAAAAGAUCUUUGGAUGGGCAGAUGAAGGAUCUAGAAAGCGGAAAGCUUCUGAGUCUUGCAGUUUCGAAAGAGGACAUAUAACACAGAAAAAACUUAAAACUGAUUGCAAUACACUACAUUGGAUGGAGGAGUAUUCCGAUAUUGAUGAUAGUGAGAACGAUGAUGUUGUAUAUCUGGGAGAGCAAAAGUUUUCACCGGUAAAUUCAUGCACCAAGUUGAAUGGCACCCAUACGAAAAAGCUCCAACCUUAUCAAUUUCAUUCAACAAACUCGUCUCUUGCAUAUAAACCUGUCUGUUCGUCAUUACAUUGCAAUAAGUCCACCAUGUCGCCAUGUUUUGCCAGUCAAAAACACACAAUGCAAGGUGCUGGCAGCAAAUGUCUCACCCUAGUCAGAACCAAUCAGCUGAAGGAGAGAUAUCAGUAUGAAGAGUUGCUGCAAAACUUUCUUCCCAAUAAAAUACAAAUAUUGAAGGAUAAACGUAUUGAGCAUAUUCCAGUGCAAAAUGUCGAAGUUAUUGACUUGGACGACAAUACAGAGGAUCUGUCGGCCGAAAAGAUGCGGCAGAUCACCACGAAGACAGUUGAGACGGCAUCACGUUGGCGUGGUAAGAAUUUGUUAAACAACACUAGAACAGACAAAGGGAAGGUUCCUACUUUAGACCAUAAGGAGAAGAAAGAUGCAUUGUAUCAGCAAUCUGACAUAAUCAGAAAUGAGAGAAUCGAUACAAGCAGGGUGAAGUCGGUGUCUUCACCACCAAUCGAGCCUGUUGCGACGAACUCGCUGCGCGACAAACUGGCGGCCAAAACAGUCAUGAGGCAGGAUUUUAUUCCUGAGGUCGUCAAGAGGUAUAAUGAACGGGUCGAGCAGCGGUAUAGAGAAGCCGAGGAGUUGAAAAGAAUGACAUGCGUUCUCUCGAAGCACAAUCGGUAUGCGAGGGAAGCGGCUCUGGAGGAACAAUUGGCGCGCUCCAUGAAACAGUGUAUGGCAGUCCUAGACGAGAGAGAGGACCUGGAAGAAACGUUGUUACCUAAGCUGACCGAUGAAAUACUGCACGAAGUUAAGAACGCUCUCGUGCCGUGUCCACAGGACGAGGUACUCGCGGAGGGUUUCGGUUUGAGGAUCACGCGGAAGGACAUUCACACUUUGUCCGGCCUCAACUGGUUGAAUGACGAAGUGAUCAACUUCUAUAUGAAUCUGCUGAUCAAUCGUGGUACAACUGGCAAGUUUCCAAAGGUGUACGCGAUGAACACCUUCUUUUAUCCGAAAUUGCUGUCGGGUGGUCACUCGUCCUUGAAACGAUGGACACGAAAGGUGGACAUAUUCGCGCAGGAUCUCAUGGUCGUGCCUAUACAUUUGGAUGUUCACUGGUGUAUGUCAAUAAUAGAUUUCAGGGACAAAUCUAUCGUUUAUUACGACAGCAUGGGCGGCAAUAACCCGAAGUGUCUCGCGGCAUUGAAGCAAUAUCUGCAGGACGAAAGUCUGGACAAGAAGAAGCAGACGUACAAUAUGAACGAUUGGAAGUUGCAGGUUGCGAAAGACAUUCCACAACAGAUGAACGGCAGCGAUUGCGGUGUAUUCUCUUGCAUGUUCGCGGAGUAUAUCUGCGCAAACAAGAAGAUAACGUUUACGCAGCAGGACAUGCCGUACUUUAGGAACAAAAUGGUUUACGAGAUAUUGAAAAGUAAACUGUUGUAAACGAAUAACAGACAUUAUGGCUUCUGCGAAUUAGGUAAUAA